CGCUGGUCAGUCUUUAUUCUUAGUCGGACAGUCACAGAUCUGCUGCAUAAAUUAUGGCACUUCGCUUGGGUGUACUGCUGCUGCUGCUGCUCCUCCUCCUCCUGGCCAGCCACACGCAUGGACGCUGCGAGAGAUCGGGCACACUGGACAAUGGCUCCAUGUUCAGUCGGAACAGAAAUAUGAUGCGCAUUCGCUGCGAUUACGGAUAUUAUCUGCAAGGCAGCUCCAUCGCCAUCUGUGGCCUGGAUGGUCGCCUGCGCGGCGAGCGACCCUUCUGUGCAAGACGGGGCUGCACAGCGCCAGAGCAGGAGCUGCACAGCGAUCGAGUGGUCAGCAAUGGCCUGAGGGCCUACACCGUCUGUCACGAUGGCUUCGUGCUGGUGGGCAGCGCCAGCGCCUACUGCAAUGGCACGCACUGGAACACCGCCCUGGGCAGCUGUCGGCGCAGCAAUCACACGCUGGAUCACUCGUGCGACUUUGAGAGCGAGGAUCUGUGCGGCUGGACGGUGGAGCAGUCGUUCAUUCAGCCCUGGAAGCGCAUCAGCACUGUGGCGGAUCACCAUUCGUUCCGGACGGGGCCGCGGCACGAUCACACCUUCCAGCGCAGCGACGGCGGCCACUAUAUGCGCAUGGAGACGAAGGGCGGCGCCUUUGGCAGCUACCACUUCAUGUCGCCCAUCUAUCCGCGCGAGCUGAGCCUGAGGACCGCCUGCUGCUUCCGGUUCCACUACCUCAUGUACGGCGCGGGCGUCGACAGCCUGGUGGUGUCCGUCAAGCCGAUCUCACUGCCCGUCCAAGACAUGUGGACGUCGUACAGGGACAACUCCACGAAAUUGAAAAUUACUGGCAGUCAGGGCACCGAGUGGCUGGCGCAUACCAUCAUCAUUGACGACAUGGAGGAGGAUUUUCAGGUGAUCUUUACGGCCACCGAUGCCAGGUCGCGUUUCGGCGACAUUGCCAUCGAUGAUGUGCACCUGAUGACGGGCCCGGACUGUGGUGUGGAUGGAUACACGACCACCGCGGAGCCCACUGUCACGCCGGAUGCCGGCAGCGAUGAUCAGCCGCUGGUCUUUGACAUGAUGAACUGCACGAAUCGGUGUGGCCAGCCGGGCAGCAGGUUCGUCCUAUCGGCGGAUGGAAUACUCAGGGGCUGUGGGUGCAACGAGGAGUGCGUGCUAUUGGAUAAUUGUUGCCUCAAUUACAUUGACGAAUGUGUUGUGAUAGCGGAGGCGACCACACAGGAAGAAGUAUGGCAAACAACAACUACUCCAACAACAACAACAACGACCACAACGACCAGAAAGCCUAACACAACAACGACUACAACAACUACAACAACAACAACAACACCAAAACCAACAACAAAGAGAACUACAACAACAACAACGACUACAACAACACCAAAGCCAACAACAAGAACGACAACUUCAACAACAACACCAAAACCAACAACAACGACUACAACAACAACACCGAGACCAACAACAAGAACAACCACCACAAGGCGUACAACAACUUCAACAACAACACCAACAACAACACCAACAACAACACCAACAACAACACCAACAACAACACCAAAAACAACACCAAAAUCAACAACAACAACCACUCUAAGAUCAACUUCUGCCGCUCUCAAUCCUACCCAAGUAAAUCCAAUUUCCUCCACAGAGCGUACCAAUAAUCGCAUAUCGUGGACAGUGGAUCCGAACGAGAUUGCCGGCCACAUGGACACCACUGGCAACUCCAACGCCAAUCCCGCACUCAUCAUGCUGUACAUUCUCCUGGCCAUUGCGCUGAUUGUGGCCCUGACCAAUGUCACCUAUCGCUGGAUCAUUCCACUGACUGCCGCCGCGCCCAGCAAUGAGAAGGCGGUCGCCUUCCAGAAGGCCUUCAGCAAGCUGAGAAAAACAAGACUAUCACGUCGCAAUCAGUUGAAGAACGAAGACGGUCAGGGGCAGCCGUUGUGCGAUACCGAUGACGAGGAUGGUGACAAUUACUUCGAGAAUGAUGCAACACGCUUCGAGGAAAUGGGCGUGGACAUACGGAAUGUGACGGACCUCUGAGAGAGAAACACACGCACACAAAAGGAACGCAAUAUGAGGGCUCUAUACCCUACACUCACCCUCAGCCUUACCCCUAUCCUUACUCACCCGCACCACUACUCUCUACUCUGUUUUUUGUAUGUAUGAUUAUACCUAUUGUAUAGGCUAGGAGUUCUAACCCACUUGUUUAUACAACUAAUAAAAAUGUAUAUGCCCGAAAAGUG